UCUUUUGACUUUCCGUCAUUUCCAGCCCACUCCUUCGUUCUUUGCCUCUCGUCUAUCAUAUCCUAACAUAACUUUAUUUCUUCACCUCCCGGCGCAUUCCAGAGUUCCGGUUGAGUUCACGCUUUGAUGUCACAAUGACCGCCGCUAGACGUGAUGUGAGGGGCCGCCAGCUCGAGCGAGAUGCUUGUCUACCUCUUCAUACAACAUGCGAACUGGAAACUAUCCAAACGCCGGAUACAGAUUCGCCAUGGCCCGUCUUGACCACCUUGUCCACGCUUUCUCUCCGUCUCGCAGACGGCAGAGACAGCAGGGGACUGGGCAGGAUAAACAGCAGGAUAAACAGCAGGAUCAGCAGCAGGAUCAGCAGCAGGAAGAACGGCAGGAAGAAGCAUCUGCACCCUUCCCUCUCAAUCGGGUCCCGCAGGACAUCGUGUACGAAAUUGCCAAAUGGCUGCCGAUAGCGUCGCGCCUCUGCCUGGCUCUCACCUGCAAAGGCUUCCUCACGGCCAUCGACUAUUCGCGGGCCCUCCGCCGCUCGCACACCAUCCGCCUCAAUGAGACCAACCUCAACCCCUACCUGACUGACAGCGUCGGCUACUUCACCAGCGAGCGCGCCCAAUUCAUGUCGCUCCUGCACGAGGGCAUGGGCAACGACCACCCGCGCUGGCGCUGCUGCUUUGACUGUCUUAUGCUCCACCACCCGCGAGCUUUUCCUGCGCUCUUCCACUGGGGCAAAUACCACGAGCCCUUCCACCAUCACGAAAAACCCGAAUUCUUCCACCGUAACGGAAAGCACGAUCCCCCCCGCCGUCGCAGACCCCGCGGCAGUCUUGUUAAGAGCAGCAACAACUACUGCGGCAAGGGCGUCGUCUCGCACGGCUAUGUCAUCGUCUGCCCGUGCCUGCGUCUCACCGUCCGAGACGUCGAGAUUAUAUCGCGCGAAGUCCGACGAGACGACCCGCCGAUCCCGCGAUCCAUACACUACCUCUUCAAGCGGCGCACCGUCGAAAUCCCCAUCCACACCUGCCGCCACCAGUACACCGACGUCGACGUCGACGUCGACAUCAGCGUCAGCGCCUCCUUCGCCGACACCGGCGACCCGGGCUCCCUGACUCUCCGCACCACAUACACGCUCUCGGGCACCAAGAUCCUGGAAUCCGCCGAGCAGCUCCCGCUCCAACUCUGCCCUCAUAUCUCCAUCCCCCGCUACCUUAACCACAAGUACGGCUUUCACGACGACAUCGCACCCCUCCACCACGGCCGAUCCACCCUCCCCUGCACUACCUGUACCUUCACCUGCGCGCGCUGCAGACUCUCCGCCACCUACCCGGAAAUCCUCUCCUUCUCGGACCCCAAAGACCCCCACCGCAUCACCGAGCAUAUCAACUUUCAAACCGUCCGACUCAUGAUCCUCGACAAUUCCUUCCCCAAGCCCCUCUACGCCCCCAGGCUCCUCUUCCCGCGCCGUCUACUCGGCCGCGCCGACACCUUCGUCGGUGAACCCCAUUACACCCUCUCGCAAGAUUAUCCUGCCCCUCCGUCUCAGGAUAAAGCUGGUCAACUGCUGUACUCGAAGAAUCAUCUUUGGUAAAUUGCUUUCUAUCUUUAUUUUGAUAUUGUGAGGUUUGGCGGUGAACUUGACUGGCUUGACUUGGUCGCGGAUGGGCCGCAUAUCGUCA